AUGGAACCACCUCUCAAGCGCCCUCGUGCAGACAGCGCCGACACCGUACCCUCCCAACCGCCUACUACCACAUCAAAUGCAGAUCCGCCCUCAAAAGCAGAGCCACCUGUUACAUAUUUCGAAAUCUCCAAGAAAACAGAGGCCCUUGAUUUAGCACCUGACAACAACAAGUAUACCAGUCCCUUCAGCCAACGCCUCCUCAAUAAGCUAGCAGUUGAGGACCCCGCAGUCGCAGCCAGAAUCAACGAAGCCUACGACGCCUACUUGGAAAAGGAGAAGAACACAGUCGUUGACUUCCAAUACGACAUCAAACAGCUUGACAAAACCAUCCCUAGCAAAGGCGACGGUCCCACAACACCGGCAGCGAUCCCUUUUUUAUCCGACAAAAUCCAGUCGACGUUCUUCGACAACGUGACCAGAAUUUGCGGUCGAGCACACGAAUUCUCGUCUCUCGGCACCAAGAAAAACGCUUUGGAUGCGGUGAGAAAGUUGCUCGUCUUGAUAGUCCAGAUCCCGGACAAGAAAUUGCGGGCCGCAGUCGCGGAGCGUAUCAACAUCGAAGAUGCGGGCACAGUCGCCCCCAGCAUGGCAGACGUUGUAUGCUCCUUGACGUAUGCACAGCGCGAAGAGGUGUGCAAAAUGCCAGUAGAUGGAGCCACAGUUACAGCUGCAAAAGGCGAGUCUGGAUGUCCCAGAGGGUCGUUUUAUGACAAGUUCCUUGAGUUGAAAAAGCGGGAUUUACUAGAGGCGGGCUUUGAGAUCAGCUUCGCUCCCUUCACGCGGCCGCUGACGAUAUGGCCGGACGACGUUUCGGAUGGCCAUGAAUUUGAUCCUGAGGAAGAAAUGGAGGCGAUGUAUGAGGAUGCUUUUUAG